CGCGGGGCUCUGGCGGCGGCGCACAGCCAUGCAGCUCCGCGGCGGGACGCCGCCGGCGCGGCUCUUCCUCGCCCUUUGCGUCUGGAGGCUGGUGCCGCGCCGGGAGGCCGCAGGAACAGAUGAAGUGGUCUUUGGGCAGGUGGGAGGAAGCAUCCUCCUUUUAUGCCGCAACGUAUCCAAGGAAGCCACCGAGGUGGUCUGGUUCCAAGGGGAUCCGCAUUCCUUCCCACCUCUCUUCUCCUCGAGGGUCUCCUUCCCCCCGGACGUUCGCUUCUCCCUGGUGGACAACAGCUCCCUCAGCAUCACGGAGCUGCGUGAGCAGGACCAGGGCAACUACACCUGCAGGGAAGUGCUGAACAGGACGGACCACGAGCACAGGGUGCAGCUCGUGGUGGCCAAUCCACCACAGGCAACCCCAAAGUGCUGGGCUGAGACCUCCUCAUCGGGGCUGAUGCUGCAGCUGUUCUGCAGCUGGCCUGGGGGGUACCCCCACCCCACCCUGCACUGGAGAGAAGAGGGGCAGGAUUUGGAGAACUCCAGCUGGGUCAUCAGCUCCACCAGCUCCUCGGACACCCACGUGGAGACGCUGAACAGCUCCCACCUCUCCCACCGAAAGGUCUUCAAGUGUGUGGGCAGCCACGUGGUGAAGCAGGAGCAGCCUGCCUGCACUGUGGAGAUAAAACUCCCUUCCCUGGAAUCUGAGCCCCCCCAGACCUGCUUUGUGGGUGACAAUGUGACCCUGACGUGCCGGGUGACCGAGAGCACCCCGGCAGCUCGGCUCAGCUGGCUCCGGGACAUCAGCCAGCCCGAGGUGGAGAUCCAGCCUGGGGGGAGGUUCCUCAUUGCCCAGGAGGGCAACGUGUCCCGGCUCACCAUCCAGAACUGCUCCCAGGGCACUGACGGCGGCUGCUACGUCUGCAAGGCCCAGAACCCCGUGGGGCUCAGGGAGCUCUUCGUCUGCCUCACGGUGAAGCAGCCAGUGAACAUCGUUGGGGUCGUGGGUGCUGUGGUGGUCCUGUCCCUCCUGGCUGUUCUCACCAUCACUGGGGUUGUGUUGUACUACAAUCCCCUCCUGUGCCUCAGAGGUGCUGCAUUCAGGAAUGCAGGCUCAGGGGAUGUCCUAGUGCUGGUGGACUCUGAAGAUGACGAGGAGGGGAAGGGGUCUGAGGAGGCCCUGAGCAGCUGCACCGAGCACGAGGCCAUGGCGCUGGUCGGUGGGAGCAGGGCCCCGGCUGCUCACCUGAACCACCUCAUGGAAGGUGACGAUGACGAGCUCCAUGGCGGGGUCUCUCCCCAGGAAGUGAGAGAAGAGACACGAGGCUCAUAGCUUCUGUUCCUCCUUGAGGAAGCACACGGAGCUCCAGCUGGAAUCCAGCAUCAAGCAGGCCCCUCACUGUGUGUGGCUGAGCACAGGCUGUCAGUGUCCUGCCCCAGGACACUUCAGGCAGAGCCUUCCCACCUCUCUCUCCACCUGCCCCUUCCACAGUUUCACUCCGUCCUUCCCCAGCCACGUUUCUCCAUUUUCCUCUCCUCUUCCAUUUUCCAUCUUGUCGUUGGUGUCCCUAAAACAAGGUGACACCCAGCACAGGCAGAAUGGGAACCCCCCUCACUUUGAUGCCUGUGAUGAACUCAAGUUCCCGUGUGGGAUUCUGGCUCAGUCCCCAUGAGCAGCUGUGGGAUGGAGAAAAUCACCAUGGGGCUGCAGUGGUCCUGGGGCAAGGGAAGAAGCAAGGGGUGUGUGGGCAGGACAUGAGUGACACUCACUCUGGAGAGGCUGAAUUAUUUGUAUUAUAAAUAUUUUUCCCCUA